CGGAAGGUCACCCCGGAGCAGGCCCUUGCUGGACACAGGCAGCCACGUCUAGGCCGCUCUACCUCAUCUUGGAUGACAAUUUUUAUUAUCGGAGCAUGAGAUACGAGGUGUACCAGCUGGCUCGCAAAUAUUCCUUGAGCUUCUGUCAGUUAUUUUUAGAGUGUCCACUUGAAUGCUGCUUGCAGAGAAAUCGUCUAAGAAGUCAUCCGUUACCUGACCAGACAAUAUGUUUAAUGGCAAGAAAAAUAGAAAUGCCAGAUCUCAAGAAAAACACUUGGGAACAGAACAGCCUCAUUCUGAAAAGUUUUGAUUGCACUUCAGAGGAUAAUGAGCAGAUAAUUAGUUUGCUGGCCACUGCUUUGGAAAAUCCAGUGAAGCAGAACGAGGAAGAUGCUGAGCAAAAGGAAGCGGAUCGAGCAAUCUGUGCAGCCAGCACUGCCCAUCAGGCCGAUCAGACAUGCAGGCGCAUCAUCUCUCAGGCAAUGAAGGACGCAAAAGAUAAAAAUGUGCUCCCAAGUGAGAUGAAGGGCCUGGCAGAAGAACUCAACAAACUCAAAGCACAAUUUUUGGAAGACUUGCGGCAAGGAAAGGAUUUGAAAAACCAAAUUUGCAUACAAAAUGAAUAUUCUGACCCUGCUACAAGUGUAAUUUCUUCAUUCCAAGAGGAGGCAACCAAUGUAGUUAAUAAAUAUAUUUUAAAAUAA